GGGAAAGCGAAAUCGAAAGCGGCCGCCUGCUCACUAGAUACGCCUACUUCCAAAAGUGGCCUGCCCAGACUAUUUUGGGAGCAAGCGUGGAAAUCAGAUCUGAGAAUCUUGGGAGCAGCCCUGGUGCCCAAUUUUCUCCAUCACGCACACCAUUCUCGCCUCUCCCUGCCUCCUGCCUUUCCACUUGCACCAGUUUUCCCACCCCAGCCUCAAGGCGGGGCUGCCUCGUCACUUGUCUCGGGGCAGAUCUGCCUUACACAGACCACCAUCAUGGCAGUGGAGUUUGAUGGGGGCGUUGUGAUGGGUUCUGAUUCCCGAGUGUCUGCAGGCGAGGCGGUGGUGAACCGAGUGUUUGACAAGCUGUCCCCCUUGCACCAGCGCAUCUACUGUGCACUCUCUGGUUCAGCUGCUGAUGCCCAAGCCGUGGCCGACAUGGCCGCCUACCAGCUGGAGCUCCAUGGGAUAGAACUGGAGGAACCUCCACUUGUUUUGGCUGCUGCAAAUGUGGUGAGAAAUAUCAGCUAUAAAUAUCGAGAGGACUUGUCUGCACAUCUCAUGGUAGCUGGCUGGGACCAACGUGAAGGGGGUCAGGUAUAUGGAACCCUGGGAGGAAUGCUGACUCGACAGCCUUUUGCCAUUGGUGGCUCCGGCAGCACCUUUAUCUAUGGUUAUGUGGAUGCAGCAUAUAAGCCAGGCAUGUCUCCCGAGGAGUGCAGGCGCUUCACCACAGAUGCUAUUGCUCUGGCCAUGAGCCGGGAUGGCUCAAGCGGGGGUGUCAUCUACCUGGUCACUAUUACAGCUGCUGGUGUGGACCAUCGAGUCAUCUUGGGCAAUGAACUGCCAAAAUUCUAUGAAGAGUGAACCUUCCCCAGACUUCUCUUUCUUAUUUUGUAAUAAACUCUCUAGGACCAAAA